AUGGAUCGAGCGUUGGGCGCGCGGUGCGCGGACGGGACGGCGGUGCCGCGCGAGGACGCGCGCGGGUUCGAAGUCGCGGAGAGGCUGAGCGCGACGGACGCGUGGUAUCAGGUGGUGUGCGCGAGGGGGGGUGGGAGAGGACGCGUGGACGUCCUGGGAGGGACGCGGUGCUCGGGAGAGAUGGCGCGGGUGGUGAUGGCGACGGCGCGGCGGUGCUUCGAAGACGGUUAG